UCCGACUCACUUCUCCCCAUCCGAGUCGCCGUCUUUUUCCUCCCCCUUCUGCCGGGUUCCAUCUCCCCGGAUCGCAUCCCGCCUUCCUCUUCCUCAUACUCUUUCUCUCCUUCACCCCAUUUCGACGUAGGCGGAUCUCGAGGUUGAGGACGACUCUCCGGCGAAGUCGUUCCGCACUGAGUUCCGAGGACAAUCCUGGUUCUUUCGUCCUACUGGCACUCUUUUCUCGCAGUUUCCGAUCUCGUCGUGCUUGAACCUGCACGGGAGGCCGUCGUUUGCGUUCCAUGGUCGAUCUAGCUUCCGUCUCCAGGUCACGAUGGGCUGACCUAGUGAUUCGACGAGUUCAUCGAGAAAAACCACUAGUAGAACAACACGGGCGGGUGGUGUUUUCUUGCACAGAUAUGGUGGAGGUGAUGAAGAAGGCGGUGAAGUUCGAUGUCGAGCUCACCGUGGAGGAGCAGAACCUGCUGUCGAUGGGAUACAAGAACCUGAUUGGGGCGUGUCGAGCCGCGUGGAAGGUGUUCAACUUGAUGGCGCAGAAGGAGAAAGCUAAGGGGAACGAGCAGCACGCGAAGAUGAUAAAGGAGUACAGGCUGAAGGUGGAGUCGGAGCUCUCUGACAUCUGCAGCGACGUCAUGACUGUGAUUGACGCGCAUCUCAUUCCGUCUUCGACGACCGCAGAAUCGUUGGUCUUCUACAACAACAAGAUGUGAGCUAGACUUGAAAGUUUGGAUCAACCGAAAGAGACUCUGUGGAUUAACUUUGGCAUCUGAUUUUAAAUAUAGGAAGGGAGAUUAUUACCGCUAUCUGGCAGAAUUUAAGACGGGAAGCAAGAACAAGAAUGCUGCAGAUCCGUCCUGAAAGCGUAUGAGAUACCCUUUUUAUCCUGAAUGGUCUCAAAUUUUGCUACUAUUUUCGAUCCUAGAUCUGUUUUGCCUCUAAGAUUAUCAGCACGUCAAUGUACAGUAAUUAAGAUGAACCCCUUGUUUGUGA